AUGAGCUUCUCGAUGAGCUCAACUGGAAGUCUUUUUGGCGUCGAAGCUCGACGCAAUAACCACGAAGACCCCAUGACUAUCAGCGAGCUUAGCCAGAAAUGCGAACAGGCAUUCGAGGUCAUCUGCGAGGAUCCGGAUGCGAGGGCUGAAGCUCCUGAUGGCAAGGUGGCUGGCCGAGAGAAGCUACUAGAGGUCCUGGGGCGCGAGCAAGGACGAGUCAGAAUAUGGGCAAGGAACAUCGAUGCCCUUCGAGAUCCGACAUCUACAAGCUCCUUGGGUUCGCGGCUUCACGAUGCGCCCAAAGUUCGGAACACCAUAGCAUCUGUUUUGGAGGGACUAUUGGAAUCUCUUGAGAUAGUCUUUGGGAUCCUGAAAGGAGAUCUUCCCAAUAGAGCCGCCGCUAUCGCGGUGAUGGAUGCAGGGGCCUCUCAGAGUAAUACGACGGAGCUGAAGGAGUUGGCUCUCGACAUUCGAUCUUCGAUAACGGACCUUUUCCGUUACUCCAUGUUUCUUCGACGACAACGGUCGCGCGGCCGAGAAGUACCGACUGAGGCCGAGCGGCGAGAACCUGAUGCGUCACUGGAUAACAACUUCAUUUUAAGAGCCCCAACUAGAAGCCUUCAAUCCGAGAUGCGGCACUUUCCUGUGCAGCUCUUCGAAGAGCUCCCACCGGAAAUCAAGGCUACUGGUAUUGCGCCUCCGGAUCAAUUGCAGACAGCAGCUCCUGGUCAUGGCUUGUUCCAGCAUGCCGAAGCUCACUGGCAGUGUUGGAGAGCCGAGUCUUAUCUCCCCACCACAUCCGACCACUCUCGUCUGUCUUCCAGUCGUCGACAAGAUCUGCAAUGGUCUGCAAAUGCCCAAGCGUGGCAGGCUGACAGCCCCGAGGUCGCCUAA